AGUGAGUUACCCUUGAAAGAAAAAGAAAGGGAUGUAACCUGCGAGGCAGGCCGGGAAGGGGCGACCCCCCAAGAAUGGGUUAUACAGGCAUUGUGGAGGUUUAGAGCGACCCAAGCACCAGGUUCUAUAGGGUUGGUUAGGCUGGCACAAUGGAGGUGAGGUGCAAGCAGCGCUGUCUGAGAAGCAGUGCUCCACUUCCUGCUACCUGCUUGACAGGAUACAAGUCCUCGCCCCCGAGCCGCCUCUUCAGCUUUUAGUGGCAGCUACAGUCGUGCAGGAGGCACAGGAUUGCCAUCCAGAUUGAGUUAGAUGAGAAGACGUGUGCGCCAUCGUGCCUAGUGACGUACAUAUUGGCAUGUCAAUACAGCUGUUAUAUGAGAUUUGUGGAGUGCAAAAGAUGUUGCGGUGGAACUGAGGUGACAUGGGCAGGUUUUGGCGGUGACGAUAAAGACAGCUAGAGGAGAGGUGGGCGUGGGGCCUUGGGAUAGGCGGCGAGACAGGAGGCCCUGACACGAUGAAGUGUGGGCCUGAAGGAAGGGAUGCGCGAGAGGCACUCGGAGUGCGGCGGCGUCUUGACGAACCCGGUAGCGAAGCAGAGGAGCCGCCUGUCUAGGGAUUUGCCGGGGGAGGAGCCGCUGGUCCGCGGGCGGAGCUGAGGGCUGGGCUUGGUUUAGACUGCGCCUCUCCUGUGUGACUCCAGCUCUCCCAGGGCUUUGCAACCGCCAGCUCGCGCCAUGGGCUACCCAGCUCUCCUCUUGCUCCUGGCUGUCCUAGUUCCCCGGAACGCCGUAGCCCUCCGGCCGGUACUAAAAUCCCUGGGGGAUCUACAUUUAAUCAGCUCCACAUCCCAGUCCGCUAUAGUCCAGAACUACUCAGUUCUUUACUUCCAACAAAAGGUUGAUCAUUUUGGAUUCAACUACCUCCAAACUUUUAAGCAGCGUUACUUAAUAUCUGCUAAACACUGGGAAAAAGAUGGUGGAUCAAUACUUUUCUACACUGGUAAUGAAGGCGACAUUGUCUGGUUUUGCAAUAACACGGGGUUCAUGUGGGACGUGGCUGAGGAACUGAAAGCUAUGUUGGUGUUUGCUGAACAUCGGUACUAUGGAGAAUCCCUUCCCUUUGGUGCUGACUCAUUCAAGGAUUCCAAACGCUUGAAUUUUCUGACAUCAGAACAAGCUCUGGCUGAUUUUGCAGAGUUAAUCAGACACUUGAAAACAACAAUCCCAGGAGCUGGAGACCAACCUGUCAUUGCCAUCGGGGGCUCUUAUGGCGGCAUGCUUGCAGCCUGGUUCAGGAUGAAAUACCCUCAUAUGGUGGUUGGAGCUCUUGCAGCUUCUGCUCCAAUCUGGCAGUUUGAGAAUCUAGUUCCUUGUGAUACAUUUAUGAAGAUUGUAACUACAGAUUUUAGGAAAAGUGAUCCAAAUUGUCCAAAGAGCAUCCGCAGGUCCUGGGAUGCUAUUAACCGACUUGCAACCACAAGGAGUGGCCUGCAGUGGCUUACUAAAACCCUUCGCUUAUGCAACCCUUUAACUUUGGAUGAUGUCCAGCAUUUCAAACAGUGGAUUUUGGAAACGUGGGUGAACCUGGCCAUGACGGACUACCCUUAUGAGUCUAACUUUAUGCAGCCUUUGCCUGCUUGGCCUAUCAAGGUCGUGUGCCAGUAUUUGACAGAUCCUAAUGUAUCGGAUUCACAGCUGCUGCAGAAUAUUUUCCAGGCUCUGAAUGUGUAUUAUAAUUAUUCAGGCCAGGCAGAAUGCCUGAAUAUUUCAGAAACAGCAAGCAGCAGUCUGGGAAUCUCGGGCUGGAGCUAUCAGAGCUGCACAGAAAUGGUCAUGCCCUUUUGUGCUAAUGGUGUCGAAGACAUGUUUGAACCUUUCUCAUGGAAUUUGAAGCAGUUUUCUGAUGAGUGUUUUAAUCAAUGGGGUGUGAGACCAAAUCCCUCCUGGAUCACAACUUUGUAUGGAGGAAAAAACAUUAGUUCACACUCAAACAUCAUUUUCAGCAAUGGUGACCUAGACCCCUGGUCAGGAGGUGGAGUAACCAAAGACAUCUCAGAUACACUGGUUGCAAUCAACAUCGCAGAGGGGGCCCAUCAUUUAGAUCUUCGAGCCUACAGUGCCUACGAUCCUGCAUCUGUGCUGUUAGCACGUUCCUUGGAAGUUGAAUACAUGAAAAAGUGGAUCACAGACUUCCAUUACGGUGCCAGAAGGCAGCAAUGAACAACUUGGAUCAUUUUCAAUUUCUUUGUGUUUCUUCUACCCACAUUUCUCAUUCACUUUGAUUUUCUAUGUGUAAUUACUUUUGCUUGUUUGUCAUUAGAUUUGGUGGAGCUGAGGUUGGGGUGGAAGAAAGGGUGAUAGAUCCACCACAGCCAAUGCCUGGGUCCUCACUGUCUUUGUACUACCUCCAGGAAAAUGUAAUCAUGACACCUUUAGUACCAUCAAUGCCCUUGCAACUGGCGCAGAGUUCCUGACUGCCUUUCACAGGACACUCACUUCCUUUGUUUCCUCUACAAGCAGGGAUUUCCCCUUGGUUUUGAGGCUAAAUUCUGUUUGGCCUGUUUGUAAGACCCCUACCCUCCACAAAGGAAAAACAGAAGACGGAUAAAAAAUGAUGUAAUUGCAGCUGGUAGGAAGGAUGUCUGGUGCCAGUCCAGGAAAUGGGGCCCAUUUCUUUUAUACUCGAUUUAAUGACUUUGCACCGUGCAGUAAAUAAAGAGUAAGGCUGAACCCUGUA